AUGUCGGGAUCCGAAGAUCAAGCUCCAUCUCAAGACACUCCCAAAAAUCAAGCUAGCAAGCCAGAGCACCCCGGUCCAGCAGCCACCGAGUACGAGCGCGAAGUAUACAAACGCGCCUUGAAAGAAUGGGAGGAGGGUAAUGAAUUCAUGAAGAGAUAUGCUGCGGCGCAGAAGAAUGGGAAAUUACUCAGCGUGAAUGAUCCUGUGUAUAAGAAUCUGGUGGCGGAUUUCAGGAUGAGGCAGAAGAUGGGGGCAGGCGCAGGAGCUAAAAAUGAUGCUGGGGAGGAGGAGAGUAAAGCGAAGUCGAAGCGGAAGAGUUUUGAUUUGAAGCGGAGGUUGUUGAGGCUCGUGAAGACUUAA